AUGGCGACCCCAGGCCAUGAGGGUUCGCACACUCGGCGGCCCAUAGAGCUUAGCAGUGACUCCGAGUCUGAUGUUUCUGACGCUGAAUACGAUGAGGCUGGCCCAAGCAACGUUGCUUGCCAGUGGCGUACCGACCGGUUCAAUACCUACGAGUGCUCGCGAUACUUCGACUGCCCCUCUCACACGAUUGAGCGAGCCUUAUCCGAGAACCACGAGGACAUUCGAGACGGGGACAACGAUAUAGUAAUGAGCGAUGUGAGCAGGGAGGCCGACGAUGGGCCAGUAGUGGAGGACAGAAGUCCGUCUCCGCCACCGGCAGAAAGCCCAGCUGCGAGCGUACGACUAGAUGCUGCCUCCGGGACAGCUGGGAACCCAAUAGUCUUGCCCGACGGCGGCUCACCACCACGAAGGCGAGGCCCCCCGGUCGGUAGUCCAGUGGUGAUAGAGGACGACGAUGAGCAUGUCCUACGGGGGACAUCUCAAAACACGGGGGCCUCUAUGAUGCCCAGUGGCCCUUCUCCUAGGGGAGUUAUUCAUUCCGUGCCCCCGGGUCCGGCCAUCGGACCUGGGAUCGCGUCAACCAAUGUAAUGACGCCAUUGUCCACUCCGAGAAACACGGAGCCCAUGCCUCAGCCUCGGAGGAUUAUGCUGCCUCGCUGGCAGCCAGAUGCUGAGGUUACGUACUGCCCCAUAUGCCGUACGCAGUUCAGUAUCUUUAUUAGGAAACACCAUUGCAGGAAAUGUGGUCGUGUGGUCUGUAAUGCGUGCUCGCCGCACCGCAUCACCAUACCUUAUCAGUACAUUGUACAGCCGCCAGGAACACCCCAGGCACCGCCCCAGAGGCCUGUAUCCUCCCUCGCUAGGGAUGAAUGGAGUAGCGCCGACUUCAACUUCAACAGCCUUGGUGGCGGCGAGAGGGUUAGGCUGUGCAAUCCAUGCGUCCCAGAUCCGAACACGACUCCCCCGCAAACCCAAAAUCCGUCCGGAGAGAGGAGCCAUUCUAGAUCCCAAAGCGGUGCCAAUCAGCGACAUCCCAGCAGCACCGGCAGCAGCAGUGCCGCUUCUAAUAGAUGGAGCGCUUACUUUGCUGCCGCCCCAGCACCAGAUACUUAUACGAGGAGUAGAAGUGCCACCAUGUCUGGAAACACGGCUUCCUCCUCCUCUACCCGGCCGCCGAGCAAUCCCUACACGACGGCAUCCGCCUAUCAGCGCAUCCUAGCAGGCACGCCCCCAGCCUACUUCACUUCCCAGUCACCCGUGGCCCAGAGGCUCUACACCGAUCAGAGAGUGGCGUCCAGACAUCAGCCCUUGCUCGACCUCGGCGGUCCCGGCCCGUCUACCGCCGCCGCCGCCGCCGCCGCGCCAUCCUCGUCUUCCGCGCCGCAGGUGGACCGCAGUCUGCCCCCGAUCCCCCAACCUCGACACCAAAUCGCCGAGGAAGACGAGUGCCCUGUCUGCCACCGCGAACUCCCCGAGCGGACCCUCCCCAACUCUGAGGCCCUGCGCGAGGCGCACAUCACCAUCUGCAUCACCGCGCACAGCAGGUACAGCGGCACGCCGACAGGGUCGGGGUCCGCCGGCGCCGGAGAAGAGGCGUCCCCGCCGGCGGCGCCGAGGAGGACCGGAAUGUUCCCUUACGUGGCAACCGAGAAGGACUGCGUGGACUCGGCCGAGUGCACCAUCUGCCUCGAGGAGUUCGAGGUUGGCGUGCCAAUGGCGAGACUCGAGUGUCUCUGCCGGUUCCACCGGCAGUGCAUCGGUGCCUGGUGGCAAAGACAUCCUGGGCGGUGUCCUAUGCAUCAGCACGACAGCUUUGGGUAUUAG